GAAAAAGUGAAAGAGUUUUGAUGAAAACCGAAAGUUGCCAAACAGCGGCAGCCUCGAAAAAUUCAAUACAAGAUGAGCCAGCGUACAAAAUUUAUAAUAAAUACAUCGGUGGAAUACUUUGCCGCCCGGCUGCCGGGCUCAGAGUUGGACGAGCAGACGGCCAUGAUACUGGAGUUUCUUGAGCAGGAGGAGCACACGGUUAUAGCGGCGGUGUACAAUGAAGCGGAGGGCAGGAUACGAUUCCACCAUCGCAUACCCAGCGAGGAGCUAAGCCUGCUCUUCUACAAGGUGCCGCAGGUGGGACGCCGCCCGGCCAAGGGAGGCGACUCCCAGGAGCCUUUACUAGGCAUACUGACCCUCGAAGGCGGCAUGGUCAAGUCGAUUUAUAAUUCCGUUUCACGGGUCUUCUCGCCCUCCGCCAACACGGCCCGGGGCAACGAGUACGGGCCGGAGUUGAGCGGAAUUCUGGAGAACCUGCAUCAGAAUCUGGGCUCCAGUCUGGGAUUGCCACAAAGCGGCAUUACCAGUCUGCGCGAUGAGAUCAAGUACUGGAAGCAGAAACUAGGUCAAAAGUCUAGCUCUCGUUUGGACCGAGAGGCCGCACAAGUUUUCAUAGGAGUUUUGGAAAAUAUUGAAAAGCAAAUAAGCACUAUAGACAGUGCCAAUCCCAGUGGCACCAUUGAGGAGUUCCUCGACCAUGCCCACAACAAUCUGGACGAACUAUGGCGCCUGCCAUACAACUAUCCGCAGACGCGGAUGACUGACCUCUUGGACAUCCUGGGAAAGCGCCUGCUGGAGGUCUGUCUCAAUCAGCUGCUGGCCGAGGACAUCUGGAGUCUGAACUCCAGCCAUGUGGGCAACCUGAUGAGCCAAAGCAUUGACACAGUGGACGCCUGGAUCCAGUUAUGCGACUCACUGACACGUCUGUUUUGGCCCAAUUACGUCAAGCAUCCUUGGCUGGGGGAUCCAUAUGUGCCCAAGCGGGGACAACAGUUCAAGGAGCGGCUCGGCGAGAUCAGGAGCAUCAAGCAGCUGUACAAACAGAUAGCCACCUUGCUGGACGAUGCCGAGCUGCAGGAGAUGUUCCAAGAGCAGGCCCCCUUUACGGACUUCAAUAUUUUCGAUACUUCCUCGCUGGGUCAGGCCAAGUGGCACAAGGCUCUGAAUCACUUCGAGCAGGUCCUGCAGCCCAUCGAUGAGCGCAUAGCUGCAGCCCUAAAAGCCCAGCUGCACCAUCACCUGAGCAACCCCCGGCAGGUGAUCUUUAUCUUCUCCAAGUACGAGACCCUUAUCCAGCGCCCGGCUGUCCUGGAGCUGCUCACCAUAGAGCGAGAGCAGUUCUUGCAGUCGCUGCAUAUACUGCUGCAGGAUCUGCGCAAAGCGAUGGCCGACUCCAAUAUGGAACCUGACACCGGCCACCUGUCGGUCAUCUGCAACGAGUGCCGCUGGCUGAAGGUGGUCCAGCACCAGAUCCAGGAGAUCGAGAAGGUCAGCCACUUGAUCAGCGGCCGGGAGGGAUUCGACAAGAUCAACAAGGCGGUGCAGGAGAUCAAGGAGGAGACCGAGUCCCUGUUGCGGACCAACUUUGAGAUCUGGUCGGGACAGUGCUCCACGGCGGUGAAGAGUGGCGAGCUGAGACUCCGCGACGAUCAGGCGGUGGUAAAGUUUGAGAAGGAGGGCCGCCAGCUGAUGCGUGUCACCUUCAACCCCAAGCUGGUGACCUUCUGCCAGGAUGUGCGCGAAUUUGAGAAUCUGGGUUAUAAUGUUCCCCUGGAACUUCGCGCCGCUGCCACCCAUGCGGCCAAGUACAUGUGCUAUGCCCGCCGGCUCCAGCAGAUCGCCACGUUCCACAACACCAUCGGGGAUCGGAUGAUUCCCUGCCAACGGCCCAUAAUGCUGAAGAAUGCCCUCGAGCUGCAGCGUCUCGUUCAAAGCGAAACGGUGGCCUGGCAGGACGAGUCAUCGGUCCAGCGCUACGUAGACAUCCUGCAGGCGGCCGUUUCGAAACUAUCAACGGAUAACACCCUGCUGGUGGGAUAUCAUGAGCAGGCCAAGAGAACGGUGAUGAAACUCAUGUCCACGGACUUGUUCACCCAAAGUCAGAUCUGGAAAGAUGAGCUGCGUCAUCUGCGCGAACUGGUCGCCACCCUGGAGCGUCAGGGUUACACCCAUUUGGAUGCCUUCAAGCUGCACUGGGAUCACCAGCUGUACAAGGUGCUGGAAUACCAAUACAUCCUGGGUCUUUUGGACAUGAACAACAAGCUGCCGGACAUACAUGUAAAGCUUCUCCUUCGCCAGAGGGAGCUCGUCUACAAUCCACCGGAGGAGGAGCUACGCGACCAGUACUUCAGCCAGUUGAGACGCUUCAUCGAGCGGCCCAGCAACUUCCAUGGGCUAUCCGAGCAUAGCCAGGAGCUAUUCAAGUCCAUGGUCAGUGUGAAUCGGCACCACUUUGGGCCGCUUUACCAGCGGGCAGGCGAGCUGUUCGACAAGCUGGAGGACUUCAAGACCAUUUGGCUGCCUUGGAUCGCCCUCGGCUGUGUGGAUGUGGAACAGCUGUGCGGAAUCCACCUGAACGAGGCUGUCGAUUGGGAUCGCAACUUCCGGGCCUGCAAGCACUUUAGCCAGCAGCUGGCCAAGCUGCAGCAGGCCGAGGAGUCCAUCGACUGCAUCGUGAUUAAUGUCCUGCCCCUCAGAUCGGACAUAGAGUACAUUAGCCGGCGCUAUUGGGAGGCUCUGGCCAAUAGCCUGAGGACCGCCAUUCUCACGGACAUCAGCUUGAUCCAGGAGUUCCUGCAGAGUGCCUUGCAGUUCCUUCAGAAUGUGCCCAUGGACGAGGGCAGCAUCAGCCAGUCGGGGAUGAAGUACGAGAAGAUCAUGAGCGAGCUGCCGCUGGUGGCUAAAACCCUGGAGGCGGUGAGGGAGAAGGACGCCUGCCUGGCGGGCUGGUGCAAGGAACGGGUCACCGCCCUCACGGCCAUCCUGCAGCAGUGGGAGCAGUUGCAGCCGCUACUGGAGAACCACGCGGUGAUCCUGCAGCGACAGGUGGACAUGAUCAAAAAUCAGGCAGAGACCCAGCUGCAAAAUCUGAAGAACGAGGCCGAGAAAUUCCUGCUCCGAUGGGAGUCAACCAUCUCGGAGCUGGAGGCCAACGAGAACGCCACCCUGGAGGUCUUUAAAGAGCGCCGCCUUCACUGGCAGCAGUUGCAGGAGAAGAAGCAGCAGCUGCUGGAGGAGUGCGCCAAGUUCAAUAUGGAAUUCCCUCGCGAGAUGCUUGUGCCCUUCACCGAAAUCGAAGAGCAACUGGAGCAGCAGUCGAAGCAAUGGCAGGUCUACGACAGUUUCCUCACCGAGCUGCAGCCGAUCUUGCAGGAGGAAUGGGCCAUCUACCGGCGACGCCCCUACCUACUCAACGAAUUCAUAGCCCGGUGGGAGGGCUCCGUGCACGCCUCCAUCGAUCUGCCCUCGAAGAGGAUACGACAGCAGGUGGAGCGCCUUCAGUCGGCGCUGCCCAUUCUCCAGCAGCUGCAGUCGGAUGCCUUGAGUGAGCGCCACUGGGCGAGAAUCUUCCAGCUGCUGGGAAAGGUAAAUCCAAAGCCCCUGCAUGCGAUCUUACUGCAGGACAUCCUUCAGGACCUGGAUGCCCUGCAGGCGGCUGGCCAGGAGAUUGCCAAUAUAGUGAGGCAGGCCUCCAGCGAGCAGAUCGUGCGACAGGCUCUGGUCGAGCUAGAUCAGUGGUCCGUUACAGCGCAGCUGAAGCUGAUCACACGCACCGAUGCCGGCGGCCAGAGUGUAUCCCUGAUCAAGGACUACCAGGAGGUGCUCAACAAGAUCGGGGACAAUCAGUCCCUACUGCAGUCCGCCAAGAACUCGGCGGCUUUUGACAGCUUCACGGAUCAAGCGGAGCUCUGGGAGAGUCGCCUUAACACGCUGGAUGCCCUGCUCAGCAGCCUGAAUCACUCCCAGAGGCGCUGGGUCUACCUGGAACCCGUCUUUGGCUCUGGGACCCUGCAGCAGGAGCAGGCUCUGUUCAAGCGCAUCGACAAAGACUUUCGCUUUGUAAUGCGCGAAAUCGAGCUGGAUCCGCGGGUCACUUCGCUGACCAAGAUAAACAACAUUAGCACCAUAGUCAGCUCUCUGGAGACCCAGCUGGCAAGGUGCCAGCAGAACCUGAUGAGCUACAUAACCGACAAGCGCAACUCCUUUCCCCGCUUCUACUUCCUGGGCGACGAUGAUCUGCUGGAGCUGCUCGGACAGGCCAGCAAGGAUGCGGAUGUCAUACAGCGGCACAUCCGUAAGCUCUUUCCCGGCUGCCACAGCCUCAGCAUCCGCCCUAAUCCCCGGACAUCCCCGGAUAUCAAUCAGUACAGCAUCACCGCCGUGCACAGUGCCGAGGGCGAUGAGCUUAAGCUAAGCCAGCCCGUCGAGAUGAGGGGCGACAUUGAGCUCUGGCUAAAUCAGCUCGUGACUGUGGUCCAGGACACCCUGCGAGAUCAGAUCUACGAGUGCUACUCCAGCACCACUGGCGCCAGUGAUAACCUGACUGAAAAGAUCCUCCAGAGCCAUGCCAGCCAAGUGCUGGCCACUUCCAGGGCCCUGCACUUCACCCGCCAGGCGGAACAGGCCAUUGGUGGCAUGUCCUUGGGAAAACUGCAGCAACAACUGAAAAAUGAAAUCUCACACUUGGCCGCCUUGAAGCAGAGAUCCCCCAACGGGACCCUGAUCAGCCUCAAGUUGAGGGCCCUGCUCCUGGACCUUGUACACUACUCCAGUGUGGUGGAGCAGCUCCAGAAGCACAAUGUGGUCCACACCAGCGACUGGCACUGGCUGUGUCAACUGAGAUACUACCUGGGCAAGGCGGGAGCCAACAACAAUCGACAAGUGUGUGUCCGCAUGGUUUAUGCCGAAUUUGAAUACGCCUACGAGUUCCUCGGGCAGGCCAGCAAGCUGGUACACACGCGCCUCACCCACCGCUGUUAUCUCAUCCUCACCCAGGCCAUGCACAUGGGUCUGGGGGGUAAUCCCUUCGGGCCCGCCGGCACUGGCAAGACGGAGUGCGUCAAGGCUCUGGGGGCCAUGCUGGGGCGCUUGGUGUUGGUUUUCAAUUGCGACGAGAAUGUGGACACCGAGUCGAUGAGCCUCAUCCUCACCGGUCUGGCCCGCUGCGGGGCCUGGGGAUGCUUUGACGAGUUCAACCGGCUACAGGAGGCCACCCUCUCGUCCAUCUCCAUGCUGAUCCAGCCCAUCCAAAGCGCCCUGAAGGAGCGGGCCAGCAGCGUACAGAUUGGCGAGCGACAGGUCCAACUUAACCAGCACUGCGGCAUCUUUGUGACCCUAAAUCCGGCUGGAGCCGAGUACGGAGGCCGCCAGAAGCUGCCAGGGAACAUCCAGGCUCUUUUCCGACCCAUUGUGAUGCAACAGCCGGAGCCUGGCGAAAUCGCCCGGGUAAUGCUGUUUGUCGAGGGCUUCGCUGAGGCCUCCGCCAUUGCAUCUCGCAUCGUGGAGCUCUUCGAUUUGUGCGGCAAGAUGCUUUCGGCCCAGCGGCACUACGACUGGGGACUCCGGGAACUCAAGACCGUGCUUCUCGUGUGCGGCGAGGCCUUGAGGAGGGGACAAUUAGCAUCCUCCACCCCCUCCUCCGACGAGGAGAUGUCCGUGGUGGUGCGUUGUUUGCGUUCAUCCACCAUGUCCAAGCUGGCCCCGCAGGAUGUGUCACGAUUUGAGAUGCUGCUACGGAAUGUAUUCCCCGAGAUUGACAGCUCGCCGGCGCCGGAAACCCUUCUACAUCAAUCGCUGGCCUCGGCCUUUGCCCACCUGGGACUGUGUCGGAGUGAAAGGCAAAUGAAAAAGGCUCUCCAGCUGCACGAGCAGCUGCAAAAGCGAAUGGGAGUGGUCCUUGUCGGUCCGCCAGGCUGCGGCAAGUCCACAGUUAUGGCCCUGCUUAGGCAGGCUCUUAGUGGCUCCCAGCUGAGAGUGCAUACCAUCAGUCCAAAGUCCAUGAGUCGGGUUCAACUGCUGGGCCGUUUGGAUGCGGAUACGAGGCAGUGGCAGGAUGGCGUGCUCACCCACACAGCAGUGGCAGUGAACCAGGAGCCAGCCCAGGUUCAUUCGUGGAUCGUCUGCGAUGGCAGCAUCGAUCCGGAGUGGAUAGAGGCGCUCAACUCGGUUCUGGAUGACAACAAACUUUUAACCCUACCCUCUGGCUGGCGUAUACAAUUUGGCAGCAAUGUUAACUUUAUUUUCGAAACUGAUGAUGUGAGACAUGCCUCUCCAGCCACGAUAUCCCGCAUGGGGAUUGUCAACAUGAGCUAUGACUGCUAUCCCGCUGAGGACAUACUCAAGCAUGAAUUGUCCAAGGAACCCUAUGGAGACUUGUUGCAGAAUUAUGUCGAUAACAACUUUCGAUAUGCUGUGGAUUGGCUGGAAGGUCAGCAGUUGCUAAGCCAUCUGCCUGGCAUUAAUCGCGCCCACCUACUCCGCUCUCUGCUGCUGCAACUGCAUAAUGCCCAAUCUCUGGAGGAAUAUGGAGCAGCCACGUUAAGGGCUCUCUUUGGUUACCUGCCCAGCGAACGUCAGCGGGAGUUUGCCCAACUGAUCCUGAAGCAUGCCAAUCUUUAUAUAGCCAAUCCCAACUACGCAGAACUCACCUACUAUGACAGCCGUAGGAAUUCCCUGGAGCAGCAUCCAGUGGAUGCCAUGGAAACACCAGAAAAGGGCUCCCAACUAAUAGUCACAGCUUAUGUGAGAUCCUAUCUGGACAUACUGGAAAGCCUGCUCAGUGCUCAAGGCAACAGAAUCCCACCCUUCAUGCUGAUAGGUCCCAGUGGAGCCGGGAAAACCCUGCUCCUACAGCGGGCAAUCCUAGAAAACUCUGGCUACCAGUUGGUGACCAUCAAUUGCUCGAAUCAACUGACACCCAGCUACAUACUGCACACUCUGCGGACGCACUGCGUCACUGUGAGCGGCGUUAAGGGACGGGAGUACCGUCCAAAGCUGGCCAGGCUAGUGCUUUUUAUGAAGAACUUGGACCUCUGCCAGCUGGACUCCUGGGGAGCCUGCGAGGUGGUGGAGCUACUCCUGCAACUGGCCCAAAGGGGCGGCUUCUAUGCCGAGAAUCUGGAAUGGAUUGGGGUGAGCGGCUUGCAAAUAUGCGCCUCCAUUAGCGGGAAUCCGAUGAAAAUCGCGCCGCGCUACUUUGCCAUCAAUCAGUUUCUGCGCGUUUCCCGGCCCAGCAGCCAGGAUAUGCUGGAAAUUGUUCAGCGACGAUUGGAACCUCUUUUGGGAGAGCACUUUAAAGGAAGGGGAGGAGGUGGAGGUGGGGUCAAUUUGCAGAACGUCAGCGAAUCACUGAUGGAGUGCUUCGAGAAGCUGCAGGCCACCUUUACCGCCACCGGAGCCAGGCAGGCGCACUAUCAGUUCAGCCCGAAAUGCAUCAUGAAGCUCCUGGAUGGCCUUGCCUUCUAUCCCGCCAGCGAUUUCAAUGAGGCUCUCUACUGCGAGCUGUUGGGCAUGUUCAAGGACAGAUUGAUUAGCGAGGAGCAUGUCCAGCAAUUCGAGGCCAUACUCAAGCAGACGAUGCGCAAAUAUUAUGGCAAGGAGAAGGUAUUUUUUGUGCCCAAAUCCCCUAAAUCGAAGGGUCAGUUGCAUUGUUUAAGCCAUGAUGAGUGGCUGGAGGAGGUUCAAAGACAAGUUACCAUAUGCAAUACCGAAAGCUACAGCAUCACGGCUCCCAUUACCGAAGAGCUCUUACAUCACACAGCCAAAAUGGUUCGUGUCCUGUCCCGCCCCGAUGCCCACCUGCUGAUCUUGAGCCAAUCUGGUGGACGACACCUGGAUGCCAUUUACACGGCGGCCACCUUGCAGGAGGCCAAGGUGCUGACCUUGCAGGGAGGCUCCUCCUACGAUCUCUCAGAGUUCUACAACGAUCUCAAGCUGGCCAUGCAGACGGCUGCCCUGGAGCAGCAGAAGAGCUACCUGCUCAUCGAGCACUGCUGGCUGAGCUAUGUGCCGGAUAUCCUGAAGCCCAUCGAGGCGCUGCUCGAAGGCAGCGAAAUCCUGGAACUGUUUGGUGAGGAUCUGGAGGCGGUGGCCAGCACGCUGAAGCAGGCGGCACAGCUGGAGGGUUACCAGGAAUCGCUGGGAACCUACUUUAUGAAGCGUGGCCGCGAGAACCUCCACAUCAUCCUGGUGCUAGAUCCCAGUAGUCCUAGUGUGCAGGACUACUUCAACACCUUUCCCGCCCUUCAUCGGCAGAUGGACCUGCUCUACGUGAGAUCCGAGUCCAGGGAAACCCUGGCCAUGCUGCCUAAGCAGUUCAUCGAACUCCUUAACGAAUCUUCAGCCGGAGGAGGCAAUGGUCGUGGCAAGGUGCCCGUGUGCAGUCACUUUGCCGACAUGUCCGACGAACUGCCUCAGGAUCAGCCCUCUCAGAGGUUCCUCCAGCUCAUCCGCAGCUACUUUCACAUGUACAGCAAUGCGGCCAAUGAGAUUGACCAGAGAUUGGGUAAGCUGCAAAUGGGCGUGGAUAAACUAGCCUCGGCCCAUGCCCUGGUGGAUACCCUAAAGUCCAAUGCAGCUGCCCAGGAGCAGGCCCUCGGGGAGAAGCGUCAAUUGGCCAACGAUGCCCUGGAGAUGAUAUCGGCCACCAUGAGGAAUGCCAACGAUCAAAAGUCAAGCAUGUUGGAGCUGAAGCAAGAGACCCAAAAGAGCAGCGAACAGCUGAAGCUCCGCCAGAGGGAAAUCCAACAGGAACUGGCCGAAGUGGAGCCGAUCCUGGCCGAGGCCAGCAAUGCAGUGGGUCAGAUCAAAUCCGAGGCCCUCAGCGAAAUCAGAUCCCUGAGAGCACCGCCCGAGGCAGUGAGGGACAUCUUGGAGGGCGUGCUCCGGCUGAUGGGCAUCAGAGACACUUCGUGGAACAGCAUGAAAACCUUCCUGGCCAAGAGGGGAGUCAAGGAGGACAUCAGGUCUUUGGAUCCCGCUCGAAUUAGUCCUGAAAACUGCGAAGCAGUGGAGAGAUUGCUCCUGGCCAAGGGCGACUCCUACGACGCCAAGAAUGCCAAACGCGCUUCGGCUGCCGCUGCUCCCUUGGCUGCUUGGGUGCAGGCUAGUGUCCGCUACUCCAGGGUCAUCCAGAGCAUCAAGCCCUUGGAACGGGAGCAGAACGAGCUCCAGAAGAACCUCAAUGCAGCCGAGGAUGAGAUGCAGGAGCUGGCCAGCGGGCUGGACGAUGUGGACAAGAGGGUAAAGCAGUUGUCUGCGAAAUUGCAGACCUACACCCAGGAGGCAGCGGUGCUCGAGCUGAAGCUCCAGGAGGCCAGCGGCACACUGCAGGCAGCGGAGCUCCUGGUGGGCAAGCUAAGUGCGGAAUAUGCCACCUGGAGUGAUCAGCUGGCGGAGCUCAAGAAGGCCCACAAAACUCUGGAUGCCAAGACCUUAUUGAUAGCCAUCGCGGUUAACUACUAUGCGGGACUGGGUCUGGAACAGAGGAGUUCCUCCCUGAAACGCCUGGCGGUAGACUUCCGCCUACCGCAGGACUUUAAUCUUCGGGAAUCUCUGCUCACGGAGCAGCAGCAAAUCAUCUGGGAGAGCCAGGGCUUAGCGCGAGAUGCCCAAAUCAUAGAGAGCGCUGCCCUGCUCGGGGAGAUGCUCUCCCUACCCUAUGGGUCUUGUCCCAUUCCCCUGCUCCUGGAUCCCACACAAACAGCUGCCCAGUGGCUGAUGGCUCAUCUCAAGGGAAGCGGCAAAGCCUGCGAGAUGACCACCCAUGGCAACGAAAGGUUGUCCUAUCAGCUGGAGCUGGCUGUGCGCUUUGGCAAGACUCUGCUCGUUACCGACUGUGAGCAGCUGCGUCCGCCCAUCCUGCAGCUGCUGCAGGGUCACAUUUAUGUGCGUUUCAACAAGAGGCAACUCGCCAUAGGCUCCAAGCUAGUGGAUCUCCACGAGGCUUUCCAAUUGGUGCUGAUCAGCAAAUCACAUCGCUUGGAGCUGCCCGAGGAGCAGAGAAGUCAAAUCAAUCUCCUGAGAUUCACAGUGACGGCCGCUGGACUGGCCGAUCAACUCAUGUCCAAGGCCAUCGUUCUGAAGAAUGCCGAGCUGGAGCAGCAGAGGAUAGAGCUUCUUCAAAGGGAGGGAGAUCUUCUCAAGCAGCGAAUGGACAUGCAGGACAAGCUGCUCGAGCAGCUCUCGAAAUCAGAGGGCGAUAUCCUGCGGAACGAGCAACUCCUGGCCAGCUUAAAUGAGGUGAAGCAGAGCAGUGCUCAGAUUGAUGAGGCUCUGAAGCAGAGCGGCAGGAUCAAGGACACUCUGCUGGCCCAGUUUGGGUCCUUGAGGGAACUCUGCGGCAGGGCUGCUACAUUCUACGCCGGCCUCAUUCAGGGCUACGAGCUGUCCGCCCUGGUUUUCAUUGAACUCUUUCUUGGAGCUCUAUCCAAAAACCAGCGUGAGGAAGCCAAGGUGUACGAAUUGCUGGUAAGGAGUGUCUACAUGAACCUGGCCAGAGCCACGUCCAGGGACAGCCAGCUGGCCCUGUCCCUGUGGGUUUGCUAUAAGGCCUAUCCCGACAAGCUGAACCCCAAGGAGUGGGAGUUGUUUGUAAACAACUUUAUGGGCAGCUCGGAUGGCAGCAUGCUCCUGAGUCAGCUGGGAAAACUGCCCGACUGCAUGACCAAGGAGGCGCAGCUAAAGCUGGCCAUGCUGCUGCAGUUGUUUCCAGAUCUGCGAGGCAAGCUCCAGCUGGACAAGGACUACAUCUGGCGGGGAUUCAUUGAGUCCCAAACCGACGAUGUCUUGCCUUCUCUAAGUUCGAGCUUUCAGCGCGUGCUUAUAGCCCAGAUCUUCCGGCCGGAUUUAAUGCUCCAACAACUGCGUCGAGUGAGCAGCGAUCUGUUGGGUGUAUCUCCCGAUGCCUCCACCCAACCAACCCCGGAGCAAUUGCUGCAGCAAAGCAGCUGUGAUCGCCCCAUUCUGAUGAUCAGCCAGGCGGAGAAUGAUCCCACCACCGAACUGAGAAAGUGGAGCAAUCAAAAGUACAGGGAAAUGGCCAUUGGCAGGGGUUCCGAGAAGCGAGUUCUUGCCGAGAUGCGACAAGCUGCCCUCGAUGGUCACUGGUUGUGUGUGAAGAAUGUCCACCUGGUGCCCGAGUUCCUCACGCAAAUGGAAAGGGAACUGAGUGAGAUGCAAAAGUCCCAGGAUUUCCGCUUGUGGCUACUUUGCGAGUCCACAGAAGGAUUCUCUGAUUCGUCUGUUUUCAAGUGCCUCAAAGUGCGCUAUGAACAGCCCAACGGACUCAAGCAGAUCGUGAUGCGUUUGGUCCAGAACUACGCCGCCGAACAGGAUCAGAGCGUGAGAAGCCAACCGAAGAGCCUCAAGAUGCGCCUGGUGUACUUCAUCCUAACGGCGGUCCUGCAGCAAAGACGGCAAUUCAUACCCCAAGGUUGGUCCAAGUACUACGAAUUCGGGGAGGCCGACCUCAAGGCUGCUCUGGGCAUCCUCAAGUGGUUGGAUCCACACCUCAACUCGGGCAAAUGCGAUUGGCUGCUUCUGCAGCGACUGAGCGAGGCUCUGGCCUUUGGCGGACGCGUCAGCAAUCCGAGGGACUUGGACAUACUCAGGAGCUAUCUGAAUCAAUUCUGCUGUGCCGAGGUCUUGAGCAAUCGCUGGUCACCGCUCGGGUUGACAUCGCUAUCUAUACCCACAAGUAACCAGCUGCAGGACUACUACGCGGCUUUGGAGAAGCUGCCCGACCAGGAUGAGCCCAGCAUGUACGGCCUGGCCAGUCAGGCGCAGCAGCAAAAGGAAAUCGAGCAGGCCAAGAGAGUGAUCAAGGAGCUAAGGGGCCUGCACUAUGGCAGAGGAAUGGAGGGAGGUGAGGAGGAAACCAAGACAGCCACUCACCACCUCAUCACUGAUCGUCAGAAGCUGGAGCAGCAAAUUAAGCCCUUGCUGAAUCUGUGGAGGAAGCUGGCCGGCUCCUGUACCAUAGCCCAGACGGUCAAGGAGGCCACCAGGGAGCCUGCGGACUCGCCUUGGGCUUUGUUUGUCCUUGCCGAGUUGAAAGUGGGCGCCGAUCUCUACCGCACUGUGCACCAGACGCUCUCCCAGAUGCAUGCCUGGCUCAAGGACACGCAGGACUCAGUGGACGGCAGCACUCUGAGGGCUCUGGCCGAGCAGCAGAUCCCCGCCAUUUGGCUGAAACUGUGGACUGGUCCUGGCAGCAGCAGUGCCGUGGACUUCCUGCGAGCCCUCAUCGUGCGAGCCCAGGCCGCCGAGCAGCGUUUCCGGGAGCAAGUGACUCUGGAUUUUGGAGAGGAAAUCAAUCUGAUCCACGUCUUUAACUGUGAGAACCUGUUGGCCUGCCUGAAGUUGCUGCAGUCUCGCAAGACGGGAGUUUCCUCCGAGCGUCUGGAGCUGAAAACUUGUGGAUUAGAGAACUCGGAAGCAGAUUCUUCAACGGUACUCCUGAAGCUAGCUCCUCUAAAGAUUGAUGGCGCCAAGAGUGGAAUGGAGAGAUCCAACCCCUUUUACGUUGGCUACAAAAUUAAAGAGCAGGCUGAUGCGGCUUCUUCGGGAUCCUCGAAAUUUGGCAAAAACGCUUUGUAUCCUGCCCAAAGAAGCGAAUCAAAUCCAAAAUUGCCGCUAUACUCCCGAAGCAGUAGGGACAAGUUGAUUUGUCACCUAAAUGUGGAUAUUUUGGCAGGAACAUCGGAGCAGAUUCUCUUAGCUGGAACCGCGCUGAUCGUCGAAGAUUUUUAGAUUAAAUUAAACUAUAAUAUAAUACAUUUAUAAAAAAUGUA